UCUCUAGUGUCGUAUCAGUAUAUUAUAGAAGCUUCAUAACAACAAUCGCGUCUCAAAAAAUUGUGCUCAUUCAUUUUACAAAAUGAUAUCGCAUAGUUUUUAUACCUUUUUAAUUUCUUUAUUUAUUUUAUUUAGUGAAAGUUCCUCAAAGGUAGCACCGGAUUAUAUAGUGCCAUGUCCAGGCCUAAAGUCAGACUGCCUUAAAAAAAAUAUUCAGGAAACCAUCCCAUUAUUUGUUCAGGGCAUCCCAAGCUUAGGCAUUAAUUCCUCAGACCCUCUCUUAAGAGAUAAAGUCAAUUUAGACCUACCCGGAGGUCUCAAGAUAGAAUUCUAUGAUGGAGUGCUUACUGGUUUCAAGAAAUGUAUUGUGGAUUCCGUAAAAUACGAAAACUUGCAGGCAGAACUUGAUUUACAUUGUAAUUUAAAUUUAAAAGGCAAAUACAGAGCAACUGGUAAAGUACUGCUUUUUUCUAUAAACGGAGACGGGGAUGCUAAAAUUAAAGCGCAUGACACAUAUAUGAAUUGUAAAAUACGUUUUGAGGACAGAGUAAGAGAUGGAAUCGAGUAUCGUGAAAUAAAAGAUUAUAAAGUGAACUACCGUCAUGGUCAAAAAGUAUCAUUUGUCUUUACCAACCUCUUUAAAGGAAAUCCCGAAUUAAGUGAAACUGUCCUGAACUUCUUGAAUGAAAACUGGAAAGAGAUUUUGGAUGAAUUUGGAAAACCUAUAAUAGAAACAAUUAUUAGAAUUACAUUUAACGGCAUUAAAAAAUUCUUUCAUCAGGUCCCAAAGAGUGAAAUUUAUAUCGAAUAAGUUUUUAGGUCGUAAUAGUUAAGAUAAAAGAGUUUUGUAUGAAAAUAGUUUUUAAAUGAAUUUUAUUUUAUUCGUACAAGGCAUUAAAAUAUUUUUUUAAAAUAAACUUUAGCUUUUCUGUA